ACUAACAAAAAAACAAUUCCGUAUUCCCGGGGUGCCAUUCUUCUUGUUGUUUUUGGAAAAAAUCGAGGAAUUUAUUGGAAAGUAUUCAAAAUCCUGUUUCAUCGUCGAGUUCUGCUAGCUUAAUCCACGUGCGUUGUUAAUUUUUCGAAUUGCGAUUCUUCUUCAUCAAUGGGGGCGGCGGAGAAGAUAUGGAACGCGACGGAAGUGGCGGAGACGCAUAGCUCCGAGAUUCCGUCGUCCUCUCGCACCAUCGAUCACUCACUCUCUCUACCGGAAAUGAGGCCCCGCAUUGUGGAGCUUUUCAAAGAUUUAUUCAAACAAUGGUCAAAUUUGGAUGAGUCAGAUUUCUCCCUUGAGACAGUGUCCGGUGGCAUCACAAAUCUGUUACUCAAGGUGUCUGUCAGAGAAAAAGAUGGAAGUGCUGUUAGUACGACAGUCAGAUUAUAUGGUCCAAAUACUGAAUAUGUGAUUGAUCGUCAAAGGGAACUGCAGGCUAUCCCACACCUCUCGGCAGCAGGAUUUGGUGCCAAGUUGCUCGGUGUUUUUGGGAAUGGAAUGGUGCAAUCAUUUAUUGAUGCUCGUACACUUACUCCAUCAGACAUGCGAAAACCAAAGCUUAUGGUAGAAAUCGCUAAACAGCUGCGAAGAUUCCAUGAGGUGGAAAUUCCUGGUUCUAGAGAACCCCAACUGUGGAAUGACAUAUCCAAAUUCUUCUCAAGAGCAUUGACCCUCAAGUUUGAUGAUAGUGAAAAACAAAAGAAGUAUGAGAUGGUUUCGUUCGAAGAAAUCAAUAAAGAAAUCCAUGGCCUCAAGGCAAUGGCAGAUCGUUUUAAUGCCCCUGUUGUAUUUUGUCACAAUGAUCUGCUUUCUGGGAAUUUGAUGCUUAAUGAAAAUGAAGGGAAGCUCUACUUCAUCGACUUUGAGUAUGGAUCAUACAGUUACAGAGGCUUUGACCUUGGAAAUCACUUCAAUGAAUAUGCUGGCUACGACUGUGAUUACAAUUUAUACCCAAGUCAAGACGAACAAUUCAACUUCUUCAGGCACUAUCUAAAACCUGAUACACCGCAUGAGGUUUCUGAGGAGGCGCUUGAUGCUCUUUACGCAGAAACAAAUAUUUACAUGCUAGCUUCACACCUAUACUGGGCAAUUUGGGCUUUAAUCCAGGCAAAAAUGUCUCCUAUCGAUUUUGAUUAUCUGAGUUACUUCUUCCUGCGCUACAAUGAAUACAAAAAGCAGAAGGAGAAGUGCUUUUCAUUGGCACAGUCAUAUUUUCAAAGUCACUAAAUCUACCACACAGCAUUGUAAAAGUCCUGCCUUUGGUUGCAGAUUCUGUAGUACUCUGAUGAAUAACGGUAUGUUUCUGGUGUUGAACCAUCGUGUGCUUGUGUGAAGAAAAGACGCAUGGAACAAUUCCACUACGCCAAUGAUCAAUUUGUUACGAAAAAUUCCAUGCUUAUUAACACCAGUGACGUUUUGUGUUGCUAGUUAUUUAGGUGGUCUUCAAAUUAGUCGUUUUUACAAUGAUUUUUUUUUUCCUUUUUAACAAGGGCAACUUUCAUACUCUAGCAAAGCAGUAGGCAAAUUCUGCCCCUGUUCAAUAUAGUUUGUGAAAAUGACUCGUUUUUUCAUUUGGUGAAAUUGUCGUAAUUGUAUGGAUUUAGUUAUCA